UGGUGGGGGAGAGGGGGGCGAGGGCAGACCGAGACCCCCGGGAGAGGGGAGGCCGGCAGGGACAUAGGGUGGGCCGCGGAACGCCGGGUAAACCACCCCAUGCGGAGAUGGGGAGACGUGGGGUCGGGAUGAAGGUCUGGGACUCCCUGGUAGAGGCUGAGGACCCCCAAGGCUGGGGCUGUGAGGCCUGGACCCCCGGUGGGAGCUGGGACCUUCUCAGUGUGGGGUUAAGGUCACCAAGGGAUUGGGGUGCGCGGCUGGGACUCGUUGGUGGAGUUGGGACCCCCCAAUGUGGGACUGGGGUUUCCUGGGCUGGGGGUGCGUGGCUGGGGGAUUCCCCAGGUGUGGAGGAGGGGUCGCCCCAUUAUGGGGCUGAAACCCCACAGUGUGCGGCUGGGAGGCCCAGGAGUGGGAAUGGGACCCCCUGCCUGGGAGCUGGGAGGCCUAGGAAUGUGGGUGGGACUCCCUCUGGAUCGGGAUGCAGGGCUGGGACCUCUCAGUGUGGGGCUGGGGUCCCUAAGGGAUUGGGGUGAAGGGCUGGGACCCCUAGGUACAGGAAUGGGGUCCCCUUAUAUGGGGUUGGGACCCCCUGAGUGGGGCUGGGGGUCCCCCGGGAUCGGAGUGUGGGUGUGGGGCUGGGGCCCUCUGGGUGUGGAACGGGGGUUCCCCUGGGUGUGGGGUUGCGACCUCCCAGCGGGGUUGGGCCCCCUCAUUGUUGAGCUGGGGUCCCCUGAUAGGGGCUGAAACCACCAUUGUGGCACUGGGGACUCACACGGAUCAGGGUGCGGGGCUGGGACUUCCCAUUGUGGCACUGAGGACACCCGGGCUGGGGGUGCUGGGCUGUGGAUUCCCCAGGAAGGGGUCGCUGGUGUCACCCCUCCUACUGGCGCAGGCAGAGCCAUCCCUGUCCCCAUCGCGGUGGCACCGAGCCCGGCGGUGCCUGGCACUGGCCGGGUCACCCGCGCGCUGGCCAGUGCCACCGGGCCCCCGUGGGGGGUUGGGGACACGGGGCGGGCAGGCGCACGGGUGGGGAACCCUGAUGGGGUUGGUGGUGACCUCCCUAGCUCCCGCAGGUAGCACCUGUGCCCCGAGGCGAUGGCCGAGGACCGAGGUACGGCAGCAUCCGUGCUGCAUGUCCCCCGUGUUUCCCCCCGGGGCGGGGGGCUGGGGCUCACGCCCAGUGUCCCCCUAGAUGUUCGAUUUGUCACCGAGGAGAGCUUCGAUUUCGGUGUGCUGUCCCCGUCUGACAGCCAGGAGGAAGAGGAGGAUGAGGAUAGCCCGGGCAGGGGGCGCCAGCACGGGGGUGGCAACGGUCGCUGGAGUCCCCUGAGCGGGGCCCGUCUGGAAGAGAUGGUGCGGGAGGCCACGCGGCUGGCAGCACAGUUGGAGGGGUGUCGCCUGCCCCCUCCCACUCCCAGAGACCCCCCAGGACCCACCACUACUCCCCCCAGCACACCCCGCAGCCCCCGCCGCCAGACCUUCGUGGUGAAGGACAGCCCGGUGCGGGCGCUCCUGCCCACCGUGGAGUCUCGGGGACCUGCCCCCAUCCCCCACCUCCCCAUCAAGCCCCGGGGGGCCUCUGCUGCCACCAGUGUCCCCAAGGCACCCCCCAGCCAUAAUUCCACAGCAGCAGCAAAGGGACCCUCGGGUGGCAGGGGGCUCCCCUCCAGCCGCGUGGGCCCCCCCCGGCCAUGCCCUCCCCAGGGGCAGAGAGCUGGUGCCCGGGGCAGGUCAGAGCCCCCCCAGUUGGGGACAGCAGGCCAGGCUAAGGUGAGGGGGGGGCACAGUCUCCUGCCCCCCCCCCACCCGCCAGUCCCACACCAGGACCACCACCACCCCUGUCCCUUCCGGCUGUUCCCUGGCACCCACUGCCCUCCCCAAGGUGUCCCCUCGGACUCCAGCAGCGGGUGGGAGGACACCCACCCCCAGAGGUGCUGAGGCAGCACGAGCAGCCCCCCCAGCUGGUGCCUCGGGGUGCAAACCAGGCGCCCCCUCCACCCGCCUGCGGCCCUCCCGCAAGACGGCGGUGAGCAGGACCCCGAGGUGACGCUCCCAAACCACCCCACACCCACCCAGAGGCCCUGGGGGGCACCCAGACCCCCCCUAGGUACCAGCUGAGGUACCUAGGCUGGGGGGGCCUAAGUACCAAGGGAUGAGUUGAGGCAUCCACUGAGUUUUGGAAGGAGGCAGGCAGCACCAGGGGCCCCCAGGGAGCAGCCAAGGCACCCGUUGGGUUGACAGGUUGCGGGGCAGAGUUGGAACCUCCAGGGACCAGCUGAGGUUGGGGUGGCAGAGCCAGGGGCCUCCCCAGGGAUGAGCCGAGGCACUCAUUGAGUUUUGCUUUAAUUACAAAAGAUCCCAUCAGCAGUAGGAAACCCCCCACAUCCCCCAGCACCCAGGGGCCCCUCAUCCCCCCAACACCCAUCCCUGGGUUCCCCCACCUGAGCCUCACCUCUGGGCAGGGAGCGACCCAGACUUCCCUGUAAGCCCUAGCUGAUCCCCCCUCCACAUGCUCCCCGCCUGGGGGAGUUGGCACCAUGGGACGAGUUGUACCCUCAUGGGGGUUGGUACCUUGGGAGGCAAGCGGGGUUGGCACAAUCGGGGAAGUUUGUUAUAAAUUCCUUUUUUUUUUUUUUUUUUGUAUUUUCAUGUAUUUUUUAAAUAAAACACUCUGCUGGGCAAAAGGGCUGGGAGUGAUCAUGGGGGGACAAUAGAGGCACCCUGUGUCACCUCCCCAAGGUGCCAAUCCCUGCAAGGAUAAAAAGUGCAGGGGGUGGGGGGGGGAGGGGGGGAGUUGUAGCUCCCUGCUCCUUCCUGAGGUCCUCCCAGUCCUUGUGUACCCCCAGUCCUGGUGUGUUCUGCCCCCUGCCCCCACCAUCCUGGUGCCCUCCCUGUCCUGGUGUCCCUGGCACAGUGGGUGGGCUGCCCGCUGGGUGGGUCCCCAUUAGAUCGAGGUCUCGUCGCUCCUGGUGGGGGGGACGGACAGAUGGGGGGAGGAGGGGAUGGAUACAAAGUGCAGGAUGGGGGAGAAUAAAAAACAAGACAGACAGAUGCAUGAUGGAGGAGGUGGGUGCCAGGGUGCCCUCUGUGCCCCCCAGCACCCAGCGCCAACCCCUAGGGGGAGAUGGUGGAGUGGGGUUUGGGGGAAAGCCCCCAGCCCCCUUGGGUUAAUGGAGAAAAUUAAAAAACAGAAAUCUGGGGGGUAGAGGGGGAGAAAAGAGUAGGGUUAGUGCUGCUGUGCCACCUCUGCCCUGGACAUCCGUGGGUGGUCAGGGGUAUCGAGUGGGCACCCCAGCACCCAGCGAACACUCCAAUGGGCACCCUGACACCCAGUGAGCACCUAGUGGUCAACAGGCACCUUUGGACAGUCAAUGGGCACCCAACAUGCACUCCAACACCCAAUGGGCACUGUUAGACCCAAGGGGCACCCAGUGGUCAGUGGACACUCGUGAACAGUUAACACACACCCAACAGGUGCUGUUAGACC